CACUUUUAACCGUUAACGAAUGUAGUUGGCUUUGCCCGGAAAACGGAAUCAAGUAAAAACGGUUGAGCCAAGCGAAAGUGUUCUAAAUUUAAUCAGCUGUAUCUCGAAGGAGAGCAAAGUGAAAAACGGCACAACAACAACAAGAGUUAACAAAUUAACACAUUACUUCGAAAAGAAAAACGGGAGAGUUGAGCAAAAGAUUUUCACCUAGAGUUUGCCUCAGAGGUGGAAAUAUUGAAUUUAUAAAAAGUCCGGUAAAUCAUUGUUCCUUCCAUUUUUCUGUGCGAAUGUGUGGCUGUAAAUAAAAAAAUCCAACUAAGAGAGAAAAAACACAAAAUAGUUCAACAAAACCGUCUCAUUCGACAAUUGCCAGUGAAAAUAAUCCUUUGCUAUUUUUUUGUGUAAAUUAAGCAGUUUUAUCAUGGCCGAUAUAACAUCACAAUCGGGACAGAUGCGAACGAAAUUGGGUGAUAUCGUUGAGCACAGUUCAACGUCACUGAAUGAGGCAACUGAGGUGACAAAAGGAUUGCGGAAUGUGGUUGGAUGGUUAAAACAGGCUUCCAUUGAGGUACGUGAAGCUGGCAAACGGGCCGUAACACAAAUACAAAGCUCCAAUCCGAAUUUCCUAUCCAACGAAUUUGAUUUGGACGAUCCCGAACUAUUGUCACCGACCUCUUCCUCAUCGACAGCCGGCGGUGUAACAGACGAAACAAAAUACGAUACAAAAUCGUUAUCAAAUCAGGAUUUAACGCGCAGCUCCCGACCCUCGCUGAGUCAACCACAAAGCCCCCGGGCCCGUAGUCGUGUCGAUAAUUUUACAGCCGGCUAUCAUCGUUCCACAUCGAUUAUAACACAAUUGGAGAAAUCGAAAAUCCUCUUGAAAAUGUCCUCAGAUCAGGAAAAUAAACCCCUAACCAUACUGCACUAUAACGAUGUCUAUAAUGUGGAUCCAACGACAGAAGUUGAACCGAUUGGUGGGGCGACACGAUUUUGUACAGCCAUCCGGACCUUUGAUGUCGACAAUCCUUUGGUUCUCUUCAGCGGUGAUAUUUUUUCGCCCAGCAUGUUAAGUACCUUCACCCAGGGCGAACAGAUGGUACCUGUACUCAAUAAAAUCGGAACACACUGUGCGGUAUUUGGAAAUCAUGAUUUUGAUCAUGGCCUCGAUGUGCUGGUGGAACUUAUCAAAAAGACCAACUUCCCAUGGCUUAUGUCCAAUGUGGUGGACAACGAAACGGGUCGGCCAUUGGGCGGUGGGAAAAUUUCCCAUUACAUAUUUCACAAUCAAAUAUCUAUUGGUCUAAUCGGAUUGGUGGAAAAGGAAUGGCUUGAAACUUUGCCGACCAUCGAUCCCAAAGAGGUUACCUACAUUGAUUAUGUACAGGCAGGCAAUAAACUGGCCGAGGAACUGCGAAACGAAGGCUGUGAAUUGAUAAUAGCCCUGACACACAUGCGCACCCCCAACGACGUCAAUUUGGCAGAACAUUGUCCCGGCAUUGAUCUCAUUCUGGGUGGCCACGAUCAUGUCUACGAAAUCAAAGAAGUCAAUGGCAUUAAAAUCAUUAAAUCCGGUACAGAUUUUCGGCAAUUUUCCAAAAUUACCAUACACAAGGAACGCGAUGAAAAUGGCAAAUUGAAAAUCGAUGUAGAGGCUGUUGAUGUGACGGCCAAAUAUGCGGAAGAUGAAGGUUUGAAAAAGGAAUUGGCCACAUACUCGGAGGUCAUAGAGGCUAAAAUGACUGAAGUUUUGGGUAACUUUAGUGUGGAGUUGGAUGGACGUUUCUCGGCGAUUCGGACACAGGAAACGAAUUUGGGUGAUUGGGUGUGUGAUGUGGCGUUGGCGGCAACUGGGGCCGAUGUGGCUCUCAUCAAUUCGGGUACAUUUCGUUCGGAUCAAAUACAUCCGCCGGGUCCAUUUACAAUGAGGGAUUUGGUGAAUAUCAUACCAAUGAGAGAUCCCCUGAUUUUACUGGAAAUCUCAGGAAAAUGUUUAUAUGAGGCAUUGGAGAAUUCAGUAUCCGGCUAUCCGAAAUUGGAGGGCAGAUUUCCUCAGGUAUCUGGUGUAACAUUUGCCUUUGAUCCCGCCAAACCACCGGGACAAAGAAUCGAUCCCCAGCUGGUGCAAGUGGGCGAUGAGUAUCUGAAUAUGGACCAGAAAUAUAAGAUUUGUAUUAAAAGUUAUAUUUACAAUGGCUGUGAUGGUUUUACAAUGUUUAAGGACGCUAAAGUAUUGAUGGAUGAUGACUCCUGCCCUGAACUGGGUCUCACCGUACAAAAUCAUUUCAAAGCAAUAAAUCUACGCACCGGCAAAGGUGGUCAUCAUACCAAACAUCGACAAUCGCUGGUAACACUAUCCCGCCGCCACAGUAUGGUACAAAUGUUGGAUAAUCUGGAGCUGGACGGACCAUCGCCAAUACGGAAAUUAUCAGGACAUCAAACCAAAUCAAUAGACUUAUCGAAUACGAAUUGCUCAAAGAUGUUACGACGUGCUUCCCUUGAUGACUUGGAACAGGCCAGCUGCCAGCUGGCCCCGAAAAUUCAACAUAGAAUAAUACGCAUUGAAAACGAAGCGCACUACAACCGACUGCUUAUGAAAAAGGAGACUUCCAUCAAGAACACAACAAUCACCGAGGCCGAGGAUGAAUAAUUUUACCUCAAUAAUUCCAUUGAAGAAUACUACAGCUCAGCUACUCCCAGACAACUUAACUAUGACGAUAUUUAUAACAACAACAAAGAAAAACUAAACAAAAUAACAACAGAAUACACUCAAAACAAAAUACAUAUGUAUGUAAUCUGAAACUUAAAAUCGUCCUAU